AGUUCAAUAUGUCUAGAACAGGUUCCUGGGUUUCCUACAAGUUGCCAAGUAUUCUUCAACUACUUCUUCAUCAGAGAUCUUUCUCCGGCCGCUGUGCCAGCGGUUUUGCUGCAGAUUAUAAGCUUGGAAAUGGGGGUUAUAAUCGGAUGAACAGAAGGGUCAUUCAGUUCUUCAGCACCAAUUAUAGCAAAACGCAAACAAAACUCGAUGCCAAUAAGGUCAAUCAUGGAAAUGGAAAGUUUCAAUCACCAGCACCAGCCCCUCCAAAGCUCUUCUUCCCUCGAUGGGCAAAAUGGGUUUGGGGCUCUAUAUUGGCUAUCUCGCUGCCGUUGUGGAACCAGGAUUGGGGAAAACUACGAAGAAUUGAAGGAGAGGCCGAUAUGGUGGUUGAAGAGGUGGAAGGCGUUGCAAAGGUGGUUGAAAAGGUGGCGACUGUUGCAGAGAAAAUAUCAGCAGAGGUUGCAGAUAAGCUGCCUGAGAAAGGCAAGCUGAAGGAAGCUGCUUUGUUUGUCGAACAUGUUGCAGAAGAGGCUGCCCAUGAUGCUCAAUUGACAGAAAAUUUCAUUCAAAAGGUGGAUGCAUUGAAGGAAGACCUUGAGGCACUGGUUGAACCCAUAAUUGGUCAGAUUGCAAAGAAACAAUCUGGAGAAAAGUAAUGAAUAUUGUGUUGGAAUAUAGGUUUCAAUCUAGGUUUAAUUUGAUUUUUUGAUUAUUUAUUUAUAUAUUCCAUCUCCAUGGUUAAUUGAUUAUAAUCAAAUCAAUUAUUGAAUUUGAUUAUCUUAUUUGCAUUGU